AUGGCUGGUGAUCCUGGACCACAAGGAAAAGGAAUUGAUAUCAAGGAUUUGGAAAAGCUUUUUGACAUUUAUGGUAUAAAGCUGUCUCUUUUGAAGAAAUUAAUUGAUAGGCUUCUUCAAAGCGGUUUGGACGAGAUUCUCCAGCAAGUCUCAAGCUCCAAAAAAGACAAGACCACAAAGAAAAUCCAGGAUUUUAAACAGGUGCAAGGCUCAUCUCUGAGGUAUGAAAUAUCUAGCCGGUCUCUCUCUGAAAUAGAAGGAAUGGUAGAAGAACCUGAUUCAGAUACAGCAGAUCCUAGUCAUUUGGGCCUAGCUCAUUUAUCACAGAAUGGAAGUGUUUCAACCCCUAGGGUGAAGGAAAAGCAAAAGACAAGGAGGCAUAAAAGCAAGCAGACAUCAAUGGCAGACGAUCCUAGUCUAGAUGGUGUUUUCAAUAUUACCAAUACACAUCUUUAUGCAUCAAAGUUGAAACAAAAUCUCUCAGAGAAUUCAGGGAAGCCUUUAGUCAGAGUGCGAAGAAUGGAUUCAUGGCAGAAGGAACAGAUAGCUAGUGGAGCAGGAUCUAAGGACACAUAA